AUGGAUCUGGUGGAAAAAGGUUUGCAUCUGUUCGAAAAAGGCAAAUACCAAGAUGCCCGACGUGUGCUUUCCAGAGCCGUUGACAUCGCGCAGGAGGAGUUGAAGAAAGGAGAAAACCAAUGGCGCAGUAAGCUGGGAUUACUGCUUGACUCGCGUGCGGCAUGCCAUCAAAAGCUGGGCGACCUGGACGCCGCCUUGGCAGACGCGCGUCAGCAGAUGGCUCUCGAGCCGUACAAGUGCAAGAGCUACUUGCGAGCAUCAAAAAUACACACACUGGCCGGCCGCGACAAGGACGCACUGGAGGUGCUCGAGGCUGGUGUUCGUCGCCUGGAGCGGGGUAAAACCAAGUACGGAAGCCGGCUUCAGAUCAAUGAGCGCUUGUUUGAGAAGAUGACGGCAGAAAUGGAGGAAUUGCGUCAGAAAAGCUUAAGAGAUCCCGCUGCGAAGCGAAGGAAGGUCAAGUCCUACGAUCCACUAAAUUACCUGCCUUUCGAGCUCCAGGCUACUAUUUUCUCGCACCUGGACCAGUCAAGCAUCAUGAGCUGUCUUCUGGUAAGUCGCAGAUGGAAACAAGCACUCGAAAGCAUGCCGAGGCUGCUGCACAGUCCGGUCCUGAAACGAAACUUAACUCUUAAAGAGCUAGUGAAAUUUCUCAACUUCUGCAGGUCGCGCCAGUGUCGCUCGUUUGAGACGUUGUCGCUUUCACUGCGUGCGGUGGAGGAGUCCAGCAUGCUCAAGCAGCUGUUGUCGAGCGGCUUUGAAGUGAAGAGGCUGAAUUUAAGUUUGGCGAAAUACGACAAUUUCGAGCUCGCUAAGCUUCUCAGCAAUAGCACGACAGGCCGGAAAAUGUGUGCUUCCCUGAAAGAACUGUCGCUUUCCUUGCCCGUUGUGGAGAACGGAGCUGGGAUGACAGAGUUGCUUGGUUAUUUGGGGGCAAACAUAACCAAACUGAACAUAGUCAUCACUGACCUGGUUCUCUCUAAAUUGGUCCGACGCGAGCCCAGCAAAAUUGACUUGCCCCAACUUCGCAGUUUGGUCAUCAUGGUGCGUCCCAAACUGCACGAAAAACUGAACAGACGUUUGAUGCGUGUGCUAUUUGCGAAUUUCACCGCCGAUAACGUGCAAAGUCUUCAUUUAAUUAAUUGCGAUGUCGAGGCUGUCACCAUGCAAAAAGUGUUGGAGCGCCUGCAAAAGCUUGAACACUUCUCGGCGGACUCCUGCGGCGCAUUGACCUUGGGAGAGUAUUUGAGAUGGCUCUCCCGGAACAGGGUACCUCUGGAAAGUCUGUCUAUGCGGGAGAGUUCGCUCCCGCGGCCUGCAAGCUCUGUCUCAGACGUGGAUCUGCGUUUUCUGGCGCGGCUGAAAUCUCUGAGUUUGGAAAACACAUCGCUCAAUUUCCACCAGUUGCUUCUGCUCCUGCAGAGCACAAAUCACCAGCUACGACAUCUCAAGCUCAAGGCCAACUACAAGCUUAUUUUCACUCGCAGUGCGUUUGACACUCGCAUCCCGAGUGAAUCCACGCGUCCGGUAAGCUUCCGCGAGUUUCUGCAAGCUGUGCCGCAAUUGGAGUCCUUGGCACUUAUCCAAUGCACCAAUCUCACCGACUCGGCACUGCGAAGCCUGUCGGCAGAAAUGGUGAACACCUCGUGCCCAAAGGGACUCAAACUGCUGGAUCUCUCUGCCAACGAGGUGAGCGGUGUGGGCGUCAUUGACCUGUUUCAGAGACCCAGGAGCUGGCUCCGGCUAGACCAGCUUCUGGCCCACGGCUGCGAUUUGCAUCCUGACACCUUGUCGCUCCUUGUCCGCCGCGGCUAUUGUGGAAAUGUACAGAUUUAG